AUGUCGUCCACCAGCAACGCCUCCAUUGACAAGUUCAACGGAGACAAUUACGCAACGUGGAGCCGGUACAUGCGCGGUGUGUUUUUGACGAAGUCCGUCUGGCACGUCGUCAACCGUGAAGUGACUCCGACUUUCACCGACCCGCGAGCGUCCGAUGACUACGUCAAGGCAAGCAACGUCGCGUUUGGUAUGGUGCUGCUGCACAUGAACGCGGACUACCAUCAUGUGCUGGACAACUGCGAGGAAGCCUGGGUUGCGUGGACAAGUCUGAAGACGCUGUACGGUGGGUCGCAGAAGGCAGGACGCAUCUACCUCAAGCGACAACUUUUCAGUAUCAAGAUGGCUGAAGGCGCGAACGUCAUGCAUCACUGCAACGAGGUCCUCAACAUCUCCGCCAAGCUUAGCGGCAUCGGUGCGAAGAUGGAAGACGAAGACGUUGCAAUUUGUCUGCUACUCAGUCUUCCGAAGAGCUACGAAAAUGUGGUGCUCAACAUGAGCAGCACCGAGCUUCGCACUCAAGAUGUGGUGAGAGUCCUGACGAAUGAGCAUGCCAAGCGUCAAGGAGAAAAAGGGACAACGACAGCGACUGCGGUGAAGGCUGAAGAUGCAAGCAAGGCAUUCAGCGCCGAGCGUGAGCCCUACCAAUGCACGCAUUGUGGCAAGGUGGGACACACGGUGGAUCGUUGCUGGACCACGCAGAAGAACGAAGGUCGGGGAGCCCGACGUGGCGGCAAUGGUCGUGGACGCGGGGCUAACAAUGUCCAGUGGGGACAUCAUGAUGAAGGCAAUGGCUACGAUCGAGUGGCGUUUGCAGUCUCGUUCGAAUGUGGAGUUUCGACGAGCAAGGACGUGUCUGGAAUGUGGGCCGUCGACAGUGGUGCAACGCACCACAUUUGCCACGACAAGACCAAGUUCGCAAGUUUGGCAGAGCGCAAUGAGGGCGAACUCUUGGUGGCUGAUGGCAACAAGGUGGCCAUCAAGGGUGUGGGAACCAUCAUGGAAAAGGUGGUUCUGUCCAACGGUGAAGAGCGUGAGAUCGAAAUCAAGAACGCGCUAUAUGUUCCAAGUAUGAGCAAGAACCUGCUCUCGGUGCCACAGAUUAACAGCCAUGGCAAGUUUCAAGUCGUGUUUGACGGGUCCAAGAUGUAUGUGACUCUCAAGAACUCACAGCAAGUGGUGGCGACAGCGGAUCUCGUGGAUGGACUCUACUGGCUUCGGACGACUCAACGAUCAGCGAAUGUGACGACAAGUGGAACCAGUUGUGCCGAUCUACAUGCGAGAAUGGGUCAUGCUCCAGUCGAUGUACUUCGCAAGAUGAUCGCGACCAACAUGAUCAAGGAUGUGCGAGUCCCUCUCAAGUCGGGUGGAGCAACUACAUGUCGAGGAUGUCAACAAGGGAAAAUGGUCCAAAAACCAUUUCCAAGCAACCGAGACAAGCGCAGCUACGAUACGUUUGAGCUACUUCAUCUGGACAUCUGCGGGCCCAUGGAAAAGGAUUCGCUCGGUGGCAGCAAAUAUUUGCUGCUGAUCAUCGACGAAGCCAGUGGAUGCAUGAAGGGCUUUUGUCUACGAGUGAAGUCCGAGAGUGAAGACUACAUCCGGAAAUAUACCACCAUGGUACAGACGCAAUUCUGUAAGAAGGUCAAGUUCGUGCGACACGACGGAGCUCGCGAGUUUGCAACCAACUCGCUUCAACUGUUCUACGAAGACGAAGGCAUUGAACAGCAGACAACGGUGCCGUAUGCACAUCAAACAAACGGAACAGCAGAGCGUGCCAUUAGGACUAUUGUCACGAUCGGCCGCAGCAUGCUUCAUCAUGCCAAACUGGACAAGUGUUUCUGGGCCGAAGCAGCGAUGACGGCGAUCUACGUCAAGAAUCGACUGCCGUCACCUAAAGUCGUGCACAAGACCCUGUUUGAGAUCGUCUACAACUUGAAACCAAGCGUCAAGCACAUGCGAACAUUCGGGUGUCAGACAUACAUACUGACGCCUAAAGAGAAUCGACUCAAGUGGGAUCCAAAGGCUCGCGCUGGCAUAUUCGUGGGCUACGAAGAAGUUUCGAAGGCAUAUCGUGUUUAUGACAUCGAGGCGGGGCAGGUGGUUAUCAGCCGCGAUGUCAACUUCGACGAGUCCACCUUUGGACUUCAACUGCCGAUCACUGAUGAAGAUGUCGAUGACCUGGACUUCGAAUUGCUGGAUCUUGAUGACGAAGAGCUGCGUCAAAUGGAGUACAAGCAAACAGGCAAGCGCAAGAACCGACUCAAUGAUGAAGAUACAGCAGCUCCACGACCGCGUGCAGUGCGUCAACGACCAGGACUAGAAGAGUCAAGCGCGCCGGAAAACAACUCGUCACGCCAAAAGAAGACGAAGAAACGAAGGAUUCUGGUGAUUCAACACCGCCUGUGUUUUGGCGUGCGAGUGCAAAUGCCGUUGAAGCAGCAGUGGACUUAUCAGAGCCCUCAACAUUUGAAGCAGCAGUAA